AUGGGUUUACAACAACGUAGAUUACCAUCUUUAUUAUUAACAACCACAACAACCUCAACCCUUACUUCAUUACAAUCAUUACCACAAACACCUCAAUCACCAAUCAAAAAAUCAAAUCUUACUUGCACUUUUUCAGAAUUGCCAAAUUGGAUGAAAGAUAACAGUGCCAUCAUUAGAGGAUAUAGGUUACCAACAUUCUCAUACAUUAAAUGCAUAAACUCGUUAUUUUAUCUCCAUAAUGAAAGUGUGAAUAUUUGGUCUCAUUUUGUUGGAGCAAUGAUAUUUUUGGUUCUUUCAAUUUUCUCUUUUCUUUAUUUCAAAACAGAACCAACAAUUGAAUUCUUUGAAACUGUGGUUUGCGCAAGUUGGAAUAGAUGUGAUUACGUUGGAAUUGUUGCUUUAAUUGUUGGAUCAAAUGUUCCUUUGGUAUAUUAUGGUAUGGUUUGA